GCGACCGGCCUAGUACUGCCACCCUCCAAGCUGCCGCCGAACCCUGCCGGUUACCUAGAGUCUGCUGCUGCCCUCGCGGCCACGCCAUGGAGCGCCUUGAUAAAGCAGCGCUGAACGCGCUGCAGCCCCCAGAGUUCAGAAAUGAAAACUCGUUAGCUUCAACCCUCAAGACACUCCUGUUCUUCACAGCUUUAAUGAUCACAGUUCCUAUUGGGUUGUAUUUUACAACUAAGUCUUACGUAUUUGAAGGUGCCCUUGGAAUGUCCAAUAGAGACAGCUACUUUUAUGCUGCAAUUGUUGCCGUUGUUGCUGUCCAUGUGGUUCUGGCCCUGUUUGUCUAUGUGGCCUGGAAUGAAGGUUCAAGACAGUGGCGUGAAGGCAAACAGGAUUAAAGUGAACAUCACCUUUUGAUAGCAUGGAAUUUAUUUUUUGACUAUGUUAAGUACUUCUGGGAUAUUGAUAAUAAGUACAUUUUGUUUGAAUAAAGUUGAAAACAUCUUAAAAUCAGUCUUAAGUAGUCAGUCGCAUUUGGCUAGAUUUUGACCCACCCAAUAAUAUGGUCACUUUGAACUUUGAAUCAGCAUUUUCAAAUGAAAAUUUGGAAAAGUUAAAUAGUUACAAAUGUGUAUGUUAAGAGAGUUAUAUCGUAUCCUAGGACAAAUUUAAUUACCUUAUAACAACAAAAAAUGUAUAUCAAUUUGCCUUAUACUUGCUUUUCAGUUUUAUUUAUUUGGGUAGAUUCGAAUUUCCUGUGGAAAGUUACCUAAAUUGUAGGCAGUGUAGAUAAUCUGCAUGUCACUGAGGAAUGAUAACUCUCACAUUCCAUUUAAUGGGGAAAGUGGCUGAAAUCACACUCAUUCAUACAAAGAAUUUAGGAUUACUGAGACAAGGAAUUGAGCUGGUUGUCAGCAUUGUGCUUAUCAUACUAACACUGUGUCCUCAUUUUUAUUUGAAAUUAGGCUUCAGUUGAAAAGUUUAUCAAAAUCCCAUUUAAUGUGUUGUCCUACUUUCAAAUAGAUAAUGUAUGAUAAGUAUUAGAAUGCCAAAAUAUUAAGCUUUCACACAUGAGUGUAUCCAGUCUUGAACACAUCAGAUUUCUUAGGAGGUAUUCUUGGAGCUUGUGUUAAGUUUCAUCCUGUAUUUAUAGAUAAUCCUUCAAGUCUUUUUUGAUGAGAACACCCCAUGCCCAGAAACAAAAGCCCUGUUAGCUUGCUUCGGUACCUUCAGUACUUGGUACUGUGUGUAUGUAAUCUAAAAAUGGUGUCCCCAGAUAUUUAUUUCUUAUUACAGCUUCAUAAUAUGUGUUCUAUAAAACACGGGAAAAAUACAUACUAAAAUAGAAAGUAAUAAUUUGACCGUUAUGUUACUACCUGCAGAUCAUCAGUAGUUUAGUCCACAACCCCCAUGCAGUUUUGAAAGAUGUUUCUUAGUGAUGGUUCCAUACACAGUACAACCUUGGUUUAAGUUUUGAUCUUGCCAACUUCACCAAAGAGCUGUUUGCAGUAUUUCAGAUAUUUGAUAACUUUCCAUUGUCUUACAAAUACAUUCUAUCUUUAGUCUUCUAAAAUUCAAAUUUUAAUGUUUUUACCAUAAAGUUAAAUUUUGAGAUAACUCAAUUACUGUAUAACAUGUACAUAUAGCAAAACAUUACAUGAGACAAUAUAAGCUAUAUGCUUUUUGUGUUUAUAUAUCAGUUAAAUUUAAUUGUAAAAAUAAAAGUUCAAAUACCUGUUACUAAUAAUCCUAAUAUAAUGAAUGUCCUUGCUUAAAUGUUUGCCAUUAUUGACUUGUUUGUCUGCUGUUAUUUUUAUGCUGUGGAACUAGACUAGAGAAAUAGAGAGGUGAUUAGACAUAAAGAUAUAUUUGUGUUAUAUUAUUAUUGCAAAAAUUAAUUAAUGUGCUUAUUGAAGGAUUGUUCUUAAUUCUUAAAUUUAACUGUUGUGUGUAAUUUGUAUUUAAAACAGUAUUUUAAAUAUAAGGGUCUUUAUUUUGUAAAGACAGCAAUGUUUAGUAUCAUGAUAUUUGAGUCUGAGACAUUGUGUGCUAGAUUUCUAGAUGGUUACUUUAUUAGGAAGCCUAUUAUUAUAUUUAGAAUUGUCCACUCAAUUUCUUCUUCUAUAAUGCUGAGGGUUUUUCCCCUUGUAAUUUAGGGAUCUUGUACUAUUUGUAAAAUACACUGUUGGGUUAUUUUGUUUGAUUUCAAACAUUGAUAACUAAAUAAUGGUACAGGUCAUUUAAAGUGUUUUAACCAGGGAUACAUGUAAACACAUGUAAUUUUCCCUUGGGAAUAAAGUACAAUGUGUUUGAACAUUAAAAUCAAAUAUUCACAUUGAUACCUAGAAUUAUUACAGAAUAGAUUUGUUUUCAAAGCUGUUAAUUGUUCUCUAGGAUUUUGACUGCUCAUGCAUGAUUUUGCUGCUGUUAGCUAUGUUAAUGAUUGUGGUGUUUGACAUAUAGACAUUUUUUUUCAAAGUUUCUAACUAGUUUCCUCUUGCACAAAGCACAUAUUUCAUGAUGUAUUAGAAGAAAAGCUAUAGUUGAACUGUUAAAUGUUUUCCGGCAGGAAUAUGUUCACUGAUGUUGAAAACCUGAUUGUAAUAGUAAUCUCAAUUAGGGAGUAUAACUUGAAAUGUCAGUUCAAGCUACUAAUUUUACCCCAUUUAUUGUAACAAUACCUUCCUCAUCUUUUGAUUUUUCUCCUAAAUAAUUUUUCCCCAAUACUGAAGAAAUGGAAGUCUGCCGUAAGAUGCAUCUGCUAUCAUUCAUUCUUCAAAUGGCUGCCAAUUCAUUUGUUACAGUAGCAUUCUGGUUUGUAAUGAGUGUAAAGAAUUUUAAGUCUGCUAUUCAAAAUAACUGGGUGUUUCAUGGGAAUCUAGUAGUAAUUAUAAUAACUUGAAAGUUUACAGCAGAAAAGUCAUACUGAGCCAGCUGUGGUGGCAUAUACCUAUAAUACCUGUAUUUGGAAAGCAGAUGCAGGAGGAUCAGGAGUUCAAAACAAAAAUUUGGCCUUACCGAAAGAAGGAACGAAUGGGCUUGUAUUUAUUUUUAUAAAAAUUUUAGAUAGAUGAAACAUUCAAAUAGGUCACUAAAAGUAUUUUGACAAGUAAGAUGCACCUAAGGAAGGCUAAAGGUACAGGUACAGGAAAGAAAGGAUUGAAAUCCUGUUUUACAUGUAUCCACUAUGUCUCCAGUUAGUUUCAUAUUUAGUGCCUAGGCAUAGCAAAUUUGUAGACUUGUUAGGCCCAUUUGAUAAUUGGUUCAAUGAUGGCAUAGUAUUUGUCACUUGUCUUAGGCCAACGGCAGGUUUCUUUCCUCUCAAGUGUUCUCUCAUUCACUAGUAAACUAUACAACCAUUCCGAUUAUACUCCUGGCUUUUAAGUUCAUUUUCACCAGAGUUGUGCUGCAGUGCACUCUGAUAGCUUGACAAAUUUUCCCCCCCAGGGGAUGGAGUUAAUCAUAAAAAUAAAUUACUCUAAUAGGCAUUGGGAAGCUGCCCAUCAAUACAUAACUUGUGAAUAGCUUAACCCUUCAUUCCUUAGAGAACUCUAGAAUCUCUCCAUAUCACUGCCAGCCAUGCUUACACAUGUGUUAAUUGCUAUGUGUGCUUGAAGUAGCUGUUCUUUUUAAGAUGUUUUGUAAGUCAUAUUGUCAGGUAUACAAUCUAGUCUUCCUUCCACGUUUGGUGAAAUCUCACUGAACAGGAAUAAUAGCAAUAGCUAACAACAUCUGCACAGCACCUUACAGUUUGCAAAGAACGUUCACAUAUUCUUGUCUGAGUUUGCAUAGUGAACAUGUUACAGAGAUGUCCCUUGAUGUCAAUGCUGAGUGUUAGAAUUUUCAGUCACCAGUGUCACUGGCUGUGCUAUGGCCACUGGCUGGGGGUGGGGUGGUGGGUGGGAGUGCCAAUGCAGUCUGUAAAGCUUGUGUCAUCAUAAUGAGCCCUGGAUUUCUUAGCCACUUGCAUCAGACUGACUUGUUAAGUGAUGCAUUUCUAGUCUUUUCCUAAAUGGGUUUUGUAUUCAGUAUAUUGUAGCCUGUAAUUUGUAUUAAUUUACCACCUGUUGUCAUUAAAAACGUAUGUGUAA